AUGACAAUCUGUACUUAUAACGCACGUACGCUUGCUUCGGAAGCGGCCAUCGAAGUUCUGAUGAUGCAAGUCCAGAAAAUUAAGUACGACGUCAUUGGACUGACCGAGACGAGACGACGCCACCCACUGAGCGCCGUAUACGAAACUGGAGAAGAACUGUUCUCAGGAACGUGCGACAGCAGUGGUGGUGGAGUUGGCGUGCUUGUCAACACGACUAUGGCAAAGAACAUCGACACUUUUGAACAACUUAUGAUCCGUGUCGGACGUCUGUGUAUGAGAAGAUGUGGUCUAACACCAGCUUUGGCUAUCUUCGUCGCUUACGCUCCAACAUCCAUCAAGCUACGAAGAAGAAGCAGUCGAAGCUUUCUAUAUGGACCUGGAGAAGUUCAUGCCUUCUACAAGGUCAUUAUUGGCGAUUUCAACGGCAAAGUUGGCCCAAGAAGAACGCCUAAGAAACUUCACAUCGGGACCCACGGCCUACAAUGGAAUGAACAGGGAGAGAGGCUCUCUUCAUCAGGGCCUCUCCCCUUCAUCUCUUCUCGCUUCAUCUUCAGUUCAUCAUGA